AGGAGGAAGGGGCGGCGCUGGGCUCGGCUGGGCUCGGCGCGGCCAUCCCCGCGCCCCGCAUCGCUGCGUGCGCCCAGCCGCCGCUGCAGCCGGCAGGAUGAUCGCCGCCCAGCUCCUGGCCUACUACUUCACGGAGCUGAAGGAGGACCAGGUCAAAAAGAUUGAUAAGUACCUCUACGCCAUGCGGCUCUCGGACGAAACGCUGCUGGACGUCAUGGCUCGCUUCAGGAGGGAGAUGAAGAACGGCCUCUCCAGGGAUUUUAACCCCACGGCCGCAGUGAAGAUGCUUCCCACCUUCGUGAGGUCCAUUCCUGAUGGCUCAGAGAAAGGAGAUUUCAUUGCACUGGAUCUUGGUGGUUCUUACUUCCGAAUUCUUCGGGUGAAGGUGUCGCAUGAAAAAAAGCAGACGGUGCAGAUGGAAAGUGAAAUUUAUAACACCCCAGAAGACAUCAUGCAUGGGAGUGGCACAAGGCUUUUUGAUCAUGUUGCUGAAUGCCUGGGAGACUUUAUGGAGAAACAACAAAUCAAAGACAAGAAACUGCCAGUUGGGUUUACAUUUUCCUUCCCCUGUCGACAAUCCAAGCUAGAUGAGGGUAUUCUGAUAACCUGGACAAAGCGCUUCAAAGCGAGCGGCGUGGAGGGAGCAGAUGUUGUGAGGCUGCUUAACAAGGCCAUCAAGAAACGUGGGGACUAUGAUGCAGAUAUCAUGGCUGUGGUGAACGACACCGUGGGCACCAUGAUGACCUGUGGCUUCGACGACCAGCGCUGCGAGAUCGGCUUGAUCAUCGGCACGGGCACCAACGCCUGCUACAUGGAGGAGAUGAGGCACAUCGACCUGGUGGAGGGUGAUGAGGGCAGGAUGUGCAUCAACACGGAGUGGGGAGCCUUCGGAGACGACGGCUCGCUGGAGGACAUCAGGACCGAGUUCGAUCGGGAGAUUGACCGUGGGUCCCUCAAUCCUGGGAAGCAGCUGUUUGAGAAGAUGGUCAGUGGGCUGUACAUGGGGGAGCUGGUAAGGCUCAUCCUAGUGAAGAUGGCCAAGGAGGGGCUGCUCUUUGAGGGGAGAAUCACCCCUGAGCUUCUCACCAAAGGGAAGUUUGAGACAAAGCAUGUUUCUGCCAUUGAAAAGAGCAAAGAAGGUUUGAACAAAGCCAAAGAAAUCCUGACCCGCCUGGGGGUGGAGCCGUCCCACGAGGACUGCAUCGCCGUGCAGCACGUGUGCACCAUCGUGUCCUUCCGCUCGGCCAACCUGGUGGCCUCCACGCUGGGCGCCAUCCUCAACCAGCUGCGGGACAACAAGGGCGUGGGCCGCCUGCGCACCACCGUGGGCGUGGAUGGCUCCCUCUACAAGAUGCACCCACAGUACGCGCGGCGCCUGCACAAGACCACGCGGCGCCUGGUGCCCGACUCGGAGGUGCGGUUCCUGCUGUCGGAGAGCGGCAGCGGCAAGGGCGCGGCCAUGGUGACGGCCGUGGCGUACCGGCUGGCCGAGCAGCACCGCCUCAUCGACGAGACCCUGGCCGAGUUCAAGCUCACCCACGAGCAGCUGCUGCAGGUGAAGAAGAGGAUGAGGGCGGAGAUGGAGGCGGGGCUGAAGAAGAAGACUCACGACACCGCCAAAGUGAAGAUGCUGCCCACCUUUGUCCGCAGCACGCCGGAUGGGACAGAGAAUGGAGAUUUUCUGGCACUUGACCUUGGAGGGACAAACUUUAGAGUUUUGCUGGUGAAAAUCCGCAGUGGUAAAAGGAGAACGGUUGAGAUGCACAACAAGAUCUAUGCCAUUCCCAUAGAGGUGAUGCAGGGAACAGGAGAAGAGCUGUUUGAUCACAUCGUUACCUGCAUUUCUGACUUCCUGGAUUACAUGGGGAUAAAAGGCGCACGUCUUCCUCUUGGCUUCACCUUUUCCUUCCCCUGCAAGCAGACCAGUCUGGAUGCUGGUAUCCUUCUCAAUUGGACAAAAGGCUUCAAAGCUACAGACUGUGAGGGAGAAGAUGUGGUAUAUUUACUUAGAGAAGGAAUUAAAAGAAGAGAGGAAUUUGAUUUGGAUGUGGUGGCUGUGGUGAAUGAUACAGUGGGCACAAUGAUGACUUGUGCUUAUGAAGAUCCAAACUGUGAAAUCGGGCUCAUUGUGGGAACGGGCAGCAAUGCCUGUUACAUGGAGGAGAUGAGAAACAUAGAGAUGGUGGAUGGUGAGCAGGGGAGGAUGUGUGUGAACACGGAGUGGGGAGCGUUCGGGGACAACGGGUGCCUGGAUGACAUCAGGACAAUAUAUGACAAAGCAGUGGAUGACUUCUCACUGAAUGCUGGGAAGCAAAGGUAUGAGAAGAUGAUCAGUGGGAUGUACCUGGGGGAAAUAGUCCGCAAUAUUUUGAUUGACUUCACCAAACGGGGUUUCCUGUUCCGAGGCCAGAUUUCAGAGACACUGAAGACCAGACAUAUCUUUGAAACCAAGUUCCUUUCUCAGAUUGAGAGUGACAGGUUAGCCUUGCUGCAGGUGCGAACCAUCCUCCAGCAGCUGGGGCUCAACAGCACCUGCGACGACAGCAUCAUUGUCAAGACGGUCUGCGGGGCGGUGUCCAGGCGAGCAGCUCAGCUGUGUGGCGCUGGGAUGGCUGCCAUUGUAGAUAAAAUUAGGGAGAACAGAGGCUUGGAGCACCUGGAGAUAACAGUUGGUGUGGAUGGCACUCUCUACAAACUCCACCCACACUUUUCGAGGAUCAUGCACCAAACAGUCAAAGACCUGGCGCCCAACUGCGACGUGACCUUCCUGCUGUCGGAGGACGGCAGCGGGAAAGGGGCAGCGCUCAUCACAGCGGUGGGAUGCAGGCUUCGUGAGGCUGAGCAGAACUGAACUCCACAAUCCUGGCCUCAAUUCUGUCUUGUGUUUCUCAUAAAGCAGCGACUGCCUAGUCAGAACUGGUAAAAACCCAGAACUCACUGCUUUAUUGGGGGAAAAAAAAAAAAAAAUUACAACUAAUGACAUAAAAAAAUAGGAUACAAGAUAGAAUGUGUGCUGUUAAUAAUAUCUCCUGUUUCUGGACCCCGAUCUGCAUGUUUCUUACUCACCUUGUUGGUACCUUCCCCAUCUGUAGGUCAUGGAAAAAGCCAGUCUAUAAUUUCUGCAGUUGUCAAAAAUCAGUUGUUGUCUGAGACGAAAUUGCCCCCAAGUGAUGUGCGUUGAGAGCUCCCGUUGCAUCGUACCAAACGUGUUCUUUGCAGCAUCCCUGUUAAGCGCACUGCCAGCACGCUGACCACCAGACCUGGGUGUUGAUGCUUUUUAAGUGAAGGGGAAGCAACAGUUCCCUCCUGCAUUAUCUACCUGCUGUUGUUUCGUCUCAAGCGGUCGUGAAAACAUUUUGGUGUGUCAGCACUGUGCACACGUAACUCUCUAUAGUGGGACUUGACAGAGCCACUUACUCGCUUCCUUGAUGCCUCUUCUUGUCGUGGUGAAAGUAAACACCCUUGUCCCACAGUUCUGGUUCCACUGGUAUUCCCCAUUGCUUCUGUGAGUAGUGUUGUAUUACUGGGCGAGAUCCGUCACGUUUCGGCGAGAAAUCCCUUAAAGAGCGAAGCCGAGUGGUUGGUGACUGGGGUAAUCCAAAUCUCCAAAGCUGUGAAUUUGGUAGAUCUACAGUCCCUACGUGGCUGUGCUGUAUUCUUCUGUCUGAGGGUUCUUAGAGAAAAUAGUUCCUCUCUCUUGUUAGUCUGGGUCAGGGCGCUCGCUGCAGCUGCCCUUCCACCAAACCCGCAGCUCAGCCGCGUCCCCCGGAUGCGCCUCCUUCCGUCUCUCGCCUUAAAUAAUGGGUAUUUGCUUCCACACAGAGCUUUAAUCUUUAGUGCUGUUCAGCAGCCACUCAGAACACAAACACUCAGAGUCCGUGUGCAGAAAGGAAGAGGAGGAGAGUUGCAUUUUGAUCUUGCCUUUGAGGACCCGGGUGUGUAAACGACCCAGAAAGCCGAAAUUGGGUGCGGCUUUUUCCAAGGACGAAAGCAACAGCAGAUCAUUUACAUGUGGUGUACCCUGUCCUCUGUCCAGUCGAUGCCAUUGUUAUAUUUGCAUACCAGUUGCAUCACUUAACUCGAGAAGCAGUUAGGAAGGUACACGUCGAGUAACAUUUGUAAGUCACACCACUUUCUGCAAAGAGGGAGACCACACAGUAGUUCUUAAUUCCCACUCUUCUUCUACCAAAAAUGAAUUUGAGAUGUCUGCAUGGUUUUCCCUGCUGCCUUUUCCUGCAGAAAGUAGAUGGAAAUUUGCAGGCUACUCUUCUCUGUUCUCGUUCCACUCCCAAGGAUUUGGAUUGCCCUACCCAUCGAUAACAUUUCAAUAUGCAUUAUGGUGCACUGUGAGUGAAUGUUGUAAAGUAACCUGUGAGUCACAAACAGUCAUUGCAGCUUUAAGUGUGUGUCUACCUGAAAAAUUGCAUGCCUAACUGGUUUUGCAAAGGUAGAGGGUCUUUUUACUUUGCACACUAGUAGCUCCGGUACUAGUGUUACGUGAUACUUGUGAAAAUAUUAAACUUUUUUGAUGUGCGUUAA